UGAAGAUCUGCUUCUCUCCAACGACACUUGAUCUUUUAUACGGUGUUUGAUACGUUUUUGAAGUGAUUUUUUUUAAUAAGUUUUGUCAUGAGGCGAAUCGAGGAGAAGCCGUCUGGUACGUGCCAUGCCCUGCAAUGUGGAGUUAUGUGAUGGCCGCAGCGCGAGGUGACCCCCGCAGACGCCAGGGUCCGGUUUUCACCGUGCAGUCGGCCAAUUGCGGCCCCCGUCACCCGGGUCCUUGCAGGGACGGAAUCAACACGCACAACAGAUACCCGGUAAACUCGACUGAAACCUACAAGUCCGCGCUGCGGAAAGAUGGUGUCGCGCGUGUAUUUUCCAGGGACGACCUGCGACCAGGCCUGUCGCGCGACGGGUCGCGCGACGUGCUCGCCGAGGUUCGAGUCCAGACCCCACUGCCGGACCGUUAUGACGUCAACAACCACCAGAUUCCACUACAGGACCAAACCCAGCAGAACAGGCUGUUUUCGGCGGUGCGAGGGCGGCUGCGGCGAGUCGCCGCCUCCCUCCAGGCCGCAGUCCGAUUCAGGCGGAUAUCCCGGAAGGAGUCCCAGUCCCCCGAUUGGUUCGUCGACAAGAGUCACCAGGACGAUCACGAGGAGGGGGACAGGAGUCCUGAGCCCACUUGCUGGGGGCACCAUAUCGUAGUAGACCCUGCCCUACCGUCGCACUAUAAGUGGCUGAUGGUGGUCUCUUUGGCGGUGCUCUACAACGUGAUCUUCGUGCUCGGACGCGCCGUCUUCUGGGAGUUGAACAACGCCGUCCCCGCCCUCUGGUGGACCCUGGAUUACUCCUGCGACGUGAUCUACAUUAUCGACACUCUGGUGCACGCCCAUGAAGGAUAUUUGGAGCAGGGACUUUUGGUGACGGACGCCCGGAAGCUGCGGCAGCACUACCUGCAAGCGAAAACAUGGCGGACGGACAUCCUGUCGGUGCUGCCGACCGACCUGGCCUACAUAUGGUGGGCGCCGUACAACGGCUGGGAAGCGAACCCAGCCCGCGUGCCCUGUCCGGUGAUAGUGCGUCUGAACAGACUGAUCAAGAUACCCAGGCUGCUCGAGUGGUUCGAACGCACGGAGACCGACACGAACUACCCGAACGUGUUUCGCAUUUGCAAGGUGGUGCUCGCCAUUCUGGUGCUGAUCCACUGGAACGCGUGUCUGUAUUUCGCGAUAAGUUACGCUAUCGGGUUCGAGUCGGACAACUGGGUUUUCAGGCCGAAGAACUCCACUUUGGCCAGACAGUACAUUUACAGCUUCUAUUGGUCCACUCUGACGUUGACGACGAUUGGGGAGACCCCAGUGCCUGAGAAUGACGUGGAGUAUCUUUUUGUGGUUGCCGACUUUUUGGCUGGGGUGCUAAUAUUUGCUACUAUUGUAGGUAACAUCGGCUCCAUGAUCAGCAACAUGAACGUGGCUAGAGUUGACUUCCAGAACCGAAUGGACGGCGUGAAGCAGUACAUGGCUUUCCGAAAGGUGGGCCGCGAGCUGGAGGCGCGUGUCAUCCGGUGGUUCGCCUACACGUGGGCGGAGAGCGGGGCCUUGGACGAGGAGCGCGUCCUGUCCGCGCUGCCCGACAAACUGAAAGCCGAGAUCGCCAUCAGAGUGCAUCUGGACACGCUGCGGAAAGUGAGGAUUUUCCAGGAUUGCGAGCCCGGCUUGCUGGAGGCGCUGGUGCUCAAGCUAAGACUGCAGGUUUUUUCUCCUGGGGACUACAUUUGUCGGAAAGGCGACGUCGGAAAAGAAAUGUACAUAGUCAAGAGAGGCCGUCUUCAGGUGGUAGCUGACGACGGCCUUACGGUGUUGGCAACACUGGGUGCAGGAAGCGUUUUUGGCGAAGUCAGCGUGCUGGAUAUAGCUGGAAACAGAACUGGAAAUCGUAGAACAGCGAAUGUCAGAUCUUUGGGAUAUUCUGACCUUUUUUGUCUCGCCAAAGAUGACCUUCUGGUGGCCUUGGCUGACUACCCGGAGGCCAGAGCAACUUUGACAGAGCGCGGUUGCCAACUGUUGCGCAAAGACGGCCUUCUAGACGAGGACGUGUUCAAAAAGGCGCGGGAAACGCAGGACUCGAUGGCCGACAGCAUCAGGAAAUUGGAAAACACGGUGGACAUCCUGCAAAACCGAUUGGCCAGAUUGCUUGCAGAAUACAGCGCCAGCCAAGCGAAAAUCAAACAACGUCUAACCAAAGUCGAAACUAGCACUGAUCGAGAAAAAGACGGUCCCAUCUCGGACACUUUAGCAAUUCCAGUAGGUCGAAGGAGGCUGAGGUCGUUUGAGGCCCGAAGAGAAAUUUCCGCUAUAAUUUCUCGACACAGAACUAUGUAAAACUUAAUUUUAUUUUUUGUUUAAAUCUGCAGUGUUUAAUUAUAAGUUUGAACUAAAAUGUUAUCUUGCACCAGAAGGAAUUUAAAGUAGUUCCAAUGUUUCAUAAAGUAAGCUAAGAAUUUCAUUUGUUUCAUUUUUGAAACAGGCGGUAAAUAUAGUCAAUACAUCCAAAGAAAAAAUGCGACGAAAACAUAGGAUUAGACAUAUCUAAACAAUGAAAAGAACCACUUUUUUAUUAACAAAAAAAAUAAUUUUUUGUGCUUAGUUAUUUAGAUGUAAGUAAAUUACAAGCCUUAUUAUGAUUGUGAUAUGUCAUGUUUUAAUGUACAUAAUAAUUGUUAAGAUCUAUUUUAAGACAACUAAUUGUUAAGACAUAUUUUUAGAAGGAACAAAUAUAAAAAAAUUAUGUAUGUAGAG